AUCUUCUUGGGCUUGGGUGGACUCUCGUUUUUCUUUGUAUCCAAUAAAACGACGUAGUUUUGGUCAUUCGAUAAAACCUUGAGCUAACCUUAGCAUCCAGCCCCUUCCUCGUCUCUUCAUUUUUGCUCUCCUCCUCUUCUCCCAUUAACGCUAGCAGCCACCCACUCUGUCCCCGGGGCCGUCGCCUUCGUCCUCCUAGGCCUUUCCGCCGACGGCUCCCUCUUUCCAUCUCUUUGCUCUUUUCUUCUCUUCCCCUUCCUCCUGCCGACAGUCCCUCUCUUUCUAAAUAAGCCUAGCCACCGUUCUUCUCGGGCUCUGUCACUCUUAAAACUAUAUAAAUACCUCGAAAUCUAUUUUGUCCGUAUCACCCACCUCUCUCUCUCCAAAAAAAAAACAUAUUUUUCUAAUAAUUAUUAUAUCAAGUAAUUUUAAUUCAAUAAUUCUCAUUUAAGUUUAGUUUUGUCUGUAUUGUUUAUGCAUUCAUGUUACUUUCUUCUGCAAUAACUGAUCUGAAACAUAAAUAAUAUUUGCUGAAUUAAAUCUGGAAUUGGGGUUUAGGGUAUAUAAAAUGUGUUUUUUGAUUUGGGUGUUUUUAAUUUGUCCAAAAGGUGUUAGAUUUAACUUUUAUGGGUGUUUAUUAUUCGUGAUUUUGAAGGGAUUUCAUAGAUUCUAGCAUUAUGUGUUAUUGGGAGCUAAAGACUUUUUUUUGGAGUGGUUUUUACUUUGUUUCCUUGCAAAGAUUUUAUGCAGGGGAUGAGUUGGAGUCAAGAAAUGUUGGGAAAGCAGUUAUUAUACAAACACUGACAGUGAAAUGGGAAGGAAAAUGGAAUGGGCAGCUAGGGAGAAGCACAUGGGAGGAAUACCAAGGAAGAUAGUGUUCCUGGCGGUGGGGUCGGUCGCAAAGGCAGUAACCUCUCUUCUCAACACCUCCUCCAUUCAUAAUGCCGAUACCCUCAUUCGUCUUGUCCGCUCUCGACCUCCUGGCAUACCACUUCUCACCGUUAGCAAUCACAUGUCUACCUUGGAUGAUCCACUUCUUUGGGGAUUCAAGGGUUUCCCCUCCUUGGAUGCAAAAUUGGCACGCUGGGUACUUGCUGCAGAAGACAUUUGUUUCAAAAAUUUUCUCCUUACUUAUUUUUUUAGACUUGGUAAAUGCAUACCUAUUACAAGGGGUGCGGGAAUUUAUCAGGAACACAUGAAUGAAGCUCUUGAGUGCUUAAACAAUGGAGCCUGGCUACAUACAUUUCCUGAAGGUAAAGUUUCACAAGAAGAUGCACCUAUAAGACGAUUAAAAUGGGGAACUGCUAGUCUAAUUGUUCGUGCUCAUGUGACUCCAAUAGUUCUUCCCAUUGUUCAUUGUGGUUUUGAAGAGGUGAUGCCAGAAAAAUUUUUUCUUGACAGAAGGCCUCCAUUUCCAUUAUGCAAUAAAAAUAUCAAAAUUAUCAUUGGUGAGCCACUAGAAUUCGAUAUUCCUAGAAUGAGGCAGACGGCAAUUUCCAUAUCUCGUGAUCUAUCAUGUACUUAUCGAGGAUGGCCUAUUAUCUCCCCUUAUGGAUUGGAUGAAGCAGCACAGAGAUGCCUAUACUCAACUAUUUCAGAGCAAAUACAAACUGCCAUGGAGGGUUUGCGAAAUGCUGGUAAAAGUUUCUUAAAGUAGGUUAUUUAAACCUUAUUUAAUGUUGAGGAUAAAAGAAUAAAAUGCUUAUUGAGUCUCUGUUUUAACGUUUUAAGUACACUCGCAUGCGUCCAGUUUUGUAUUAAGGAAACGCACUUAGCUGGAAACCAUGUUCAAGUCGUGGUUUUGAAAACAUAUACUUUAAAAUGAAUUAAUAACUAUGCAAGUGCAAUCAGCUUGGACGUUUCAAAAACGUUCCUUUGAAAACUCUCAAGUCCGGUUUUGAAUUUGAAGGUUAUUCUAAUAUUAUUUGUUAAGGUGAUAUUUAAGCAAAAAAAUAGUCAUUAAUGUA